CUUUUCCACUUUCCACCCCUUUGAGAGGAAAAACUAGCAUAUAUCAUUCACUGGGUCAAAAAAACAUACACAACACAACAUGGGUGAAGGCAUAGUUGAGAAGGCUUUAAACAGCUUAGGAAAAGGCUUCGACUUGACCUCAGAUUUUAGGCUCAAAUUCUGCAAAGGUGAAGAGCGUUUGGUUAUUCUCAAUGAAACAGAGAGAAGAGAGCUCACAGUGCCAGGUUUUGGACCUGUGACAGAUGUCUCUGUUGACAUCAAAUGUGAUAAAGGCGACCUCACCCGGUACCAAUCUGAUAUUCUCAGCUUCACCCAAAUGUCUGAGAUGUUCAAUCAGAAAAGCUCAAUCCCAGGGAAAAUUCCAUCUGGGUACUUCAACACUGUGUUUGGAUUUGAAGCUGGUUCAUGGGCAAGUGAUGCAGCUAACACCAAGUUCUUGGGUCUUGAUGGAUAUGUUAUCAAACUAUUCAAUGUUCAUAUUGAUCGUUACCCUCUUGUUCUCUCCAAACAAGUCAUUGAAGCUGUGCCUUCUUCAUGGGAUCCUACUGCACUUGCAAGAUUUAUUGAGAAAUUUGGGACACACAUCCUUGUGGGGCUUAGCAUUGGUGGCAAAGAUUUAGUGCUGGUCAAGCAAGAUGUAUCUUCCAACUUGGAACCGUCAGAGUUAAAGAAGAACUUGGAUGAGCUAGGAGAUCAGUUAUUCACUGGAACUUGCAAUUUUCUUCCAAAAACCAAAGACCAAAAACACAAGGUACCACCUGCUUUUGAUGUCUUUGGUCCUCAAAUUGUUGCCUUCAAUAACUCUACAUGCGUUUGUGCAAAAGAUGGAAUAACAGUGAUAUGUGCAAAGAGGGGAGGGGAUACUCAAGUGAGCAACCAUAGUGAAUGGCUUCUUACAGUUCCUAACAAGCCUGAUGCUGUUGAUUUUAGCUUCAUUCCCUUCACUUCUCUUCUUAAAGCUGCUCCUGGCAGGGGUUUCCUAUCCCAUGCCAUCAACCUUUAUCUUAGAUAUAAGCCUCCUCUGUCAGAUUUGCCUUACUUUCUUGACUACCAAGCACACAGGCUUUGGGCUCCCAUUCACAAUGAUCUUCCUCUUGGUCCAGUUUCCAACAGAACCACUCAUUCACCUUCUCUCAGCCUCAACUUGAUGGGUCCUAAGCUUUAUGUAAACACUGCAAAGGUAACAGUGGGAAAAAGGCCAGUCACAGGAAUGCGGUUGUUUCUUGAGGGCAUGAAAUGCAACAGAUUAGCCAUACACCUGCAAUACCUACUAAACACACCAACAAUGCUCAACAAUAAAAUAGAGGACACCACAACAUGGUCAGAAGAAAUCAUUGAUGACCGUUUCUUAGAAGCAAUCAGUGGAAAGAAAUUUUCUCAUGUGUGCACAGCACCAGUGAAGUACAAUCCCAGUUGGAGUUCUGAUAAAGAUGUUGCUUUCAUAGUCACAGGAGUACAACUUCAUGUGAAGAAACAUGAAUCAAGAAGUGUCCUUCAUCUGAGACUAUUGUUCUCCAAGGUGUCUAAUGCUAUUGUUGUAAAAUCAAAUUGGACACAGGGCUCAACACAAAGAUCUGGAUCUGGCUCUGGCUCUGGCUCUGGCUCUAGCGUUUUCUCAGCAAUAAGCACAUCUAUUCAGGGUAAAGACCAGAAGAAACCAGCUCUAGUUGUUGUAGAUUCUAGUGUUUUUCCAACAGGACCUCCAGUUCCUGUGCAAGCACAAAAGCUUUUGAAAUUUGUGGACACUUCACAGUUAUGUAAAGGCCCACAAGAUAGUCCUGGACAUUGGUUAGUUACUGGUGCAAGGUUGAUGUUGGACAAGGGUAAGAUAUGUUUAUGGGCUAAGUUCUCUUUGUUAAAUACUAGUCCAUGAAAUAUCAAUACUAAAGUCCAAAUGAAAAAUUGAAAAAAAAAGAAGGGAAAUUUUUUCAAUUUAUUUUUUAUAUUCACUGUUGAUAGUUAAAAGAUUAAUCUCUAUCAAAAAGUAGAGAUCACCGAA